AUGGUUAGGGUUUGGGCAGGAGGAAUCUAUGAAUCAGACUUUUUCUACGAAACAUGCGACCGUCUAGGUAUCAUGGUAUGGCAAGAUUUCAUGUUCGCAUGUGGCCAAUAUCCAGGAUACCCUGAAUUUAUUGAAAAUAUUAAAUUUGAAGCAAUAGAUCAAAUCAAAAGAUUAAGAAACCAUUGUUCCAUUGCUCUUUAUGCUGGAAACAAUGAAGACUAUCAAGUAGCAGAACAAUUUAAUCUAGAGUGGGACAGAAACGAUGUAUCUGGAGAUUAUUCCAAAACAAAUUUCCCUGCAAGAACAAUUUAUGAAAAUGUUUUACCGAAAUUAGUAGGAGAAUAUUCAGUCGAUGUUCCUUAUCAUCCUGGUUCUCCAUGGGGUGGAAAUGGAACUGCAGAUGAAACUACAGGAGAUGUACACCAAUGGAAUGUUUGGCAUGGAAAUCAAGAAAAGUAUCAAGAUUGGUAUAGGCUAGGUGGUCGUUUUGUUUCAGAAUUUGGAAUGGAAGCAUUGCCCAACAGGAAAACUUAUGAGGCUUGUAUUACCGAUCCUACUGAAUUAUAUCCACAGAGUGAAACUGUUGAUCACCACAAUAAAGCAGACGGGUUUGAACGCCGACUUGCAUUAUACGUUAUCGAGAAUAUAAAAGUUAAAGGUUUAGAUUUAGAUUCUUGGAUAUACGCUACACAGCUUAUGCAGCUGGAAUGUCUUGGUUAUGCGUAUAGAUGCUGGAGACGUCAAUGGAAAGGUGAUGGUCAAAGGUACGCUGGAGGCGCAAUUGUCUGGCAGAUAAAUGACUGCUGGCCAGUAGCUUCUUGGGCUAUUUGUGAUUUUUACAAGAGACCAAAGUUAGCUUAUUAUUCUGUUAAAAGAGAAAGUCGUACC